CUGUGUGCGGAUGCACGUGUGCGUGGUGAAAGUCCACCGGCGCUUCCUGAGCUCCCCACCCAGAAGACCCGAGUCCACCAGCAGAGCAGCAGCACCUCUUUGCACGUCUUCACGGAUCAUUUACAGGGGGGAAAGAUGAAGCUGUUGAUCUGCCUCAGUGUUCUCCUCUUGUCUGCUUGUCAACUCAAGGCCAGAGUCAUCCAAGACGGAGCGCCCUAUGAAGAACCAGUAGCUGUUCCUUACUGGCCCUACUCCACCUCUGACUUCUGGAACUACGUUGAGUACUUCAGGUCCAUCGGCGCCUACAACCACAUCAACGAGAUGGCCCGGGCCUUCUUCGCCCACCAGCACCUCGGGGACACCCUGGGAUAUGAGACCAAUGCAGGACACGAACACUGAAGUGGGCCAGAACGGAGGCAGCGGGAGGGAGAAGAGGGGAAGGAGCCAAUGUGAUGACCUGCAUGAAUAAAAAAAGGGAAUGGCUCUCUGAGAAAGGAGAGAUGACGACAAUGACGAGAAAUAAGGAAAUAAAUACGCGGCAAACCUAAUGAGGUGGAUACUUUCACAAGUAUGUCACUGUAUAUUGGGUAGUUAUGUAGAAAUGUAGGGUAUGUAGCUUUUCUAGGUGAUCAUAUAUUAUCGUUGUGUAAUAUGUCACAAACAAUUAAACAUUUUCCAAAUACGUAAAAAAAAAUUAUACAACUUUG